UUACUCCUCCCGUCCCGAGAGAAAGAACGCCACCCACCGUCCCUAUCCAUCCGUUCCCGGAUUGGCUCCCCCAUCGGUCAGCGGCCGAGAGAGCGGAGCGAAGAGCGAGCAGGUCGUGAGGGAGAUCGAGAUGGAGGUGGCGAGCGGGAAGCUGAACCCAUGGGCGGAGCCGUUCGUGCCGGCGGGCUGGUCCUACUACCGCUGCGGGGGUGCUGCGGAGGAGGCGGAGGCGGCGGCGGAGGUGGAGGACUUCUCCCCCGAGUGGUGGCGCCUCGUUGCCGCGUCCCCGACCUUCCGCGACCGCUGGCUCCGGGACUACACCGCGCUCGGCCUGCUGGACGCCGACGCCGACGAGGGGCUCCUCCUCCCCGACGACGACGACCUCUUCGCCGCUGCUGUUCUGGGAGAAGGGGAGGAGAAGGAGAGCAAGGCAGACCUGGGUUUCCGCGGCGGCGGGAGGAAGGGCGAGGUGGUUGCGUGGGGCAUCAACAAGUGGAGGCGCGCGCACUUCUCACCGCCGGAGGCGCCCAGGUACGCCGAGAAGGCGCCCAGGAGGGUCGCCGCCGGCGCCGCCAGGGUCAGCCCCCGCCCCAUCCAGCAGCCGCGCUGAGCGACCGCCGCCGCGCGCACCGAAACAAUCCAUCCAACCCAUCUUGACACAGAAGCUGAAAAAAAUUAGGCAAAAAAAAGGUUUUUUCUUCUCUCUUUUGGCUAGUAAUUUCGUCAAGAUCUGGGUUUUGGUCAGGAUCUAGUAGUAGCUGCGGGAGAUCUCCACUGCGCCGUGUUGUACAGGUCCCUGUAAAAAAUGAUGCUGUAAUAAAGAAGAUUGCAGCGAGAUUUCGCAACUGCUGCACUGUAAUUUUCUCGAUUUGGAUCCAAUUCCCCCCUUCCUGUU